GUUAAAGCGGUCGGGCUGGCUGGCUGGCUGGGGCGUCAGGGCCGCGAAGGUUAGGACCGACCGCCAGCCUUGAGCGGCGAGUUCCCUUCUUUUCAGCUGCUGCACUGACAAUAGCAUGCCCCCCCGGCCCCGAGGACCCCCCGCCGGGCCGGCUUAGAGAAGACGCGGCUGCCCAGCACUUGGGCCGGGCUGUCCCUGCCCGCUCCUCCUCUGUCGGUGGAGAACUGCCGGGCUGAGCCGCUGGGAGAAGCAGGCCAGAGCCUUCGGGGCCGCGGCCCGGGGACCCGUGGAGGAUGAGCUGGCUCUUCCCCCUGACCAAGAGCGCCUCCUCCUCCUCCUCAGCUGGGUCUCCCGGUGGUCUCACCAGCCUCCAGCAGCAGAAGCAGCGCCUGAUCGAGUCCCUCCGGAACUCACACUCCAGCAUAGCUGAAAUACAGAAAGAUGUGGAAUACAGGUUGCCUUUCACUGUAAAUAACCUGACAAUUAACAUUAAUAUAUUGCUUCCUCCACAAUUUCCUCAGGAAAAACCAGUGAUCAGUGUUUAUCCACCAAUACGGCAUCACUUAGUGGAUAAACAAGGAGUGUAUGUUACCUCUCCAUUAGUAAGCAAUUUUACAAUGCAUUCAGAUCUUGGGAAAAUUAUUCAGAGUCUGUUGGAUGAGUUUUGGAAGAAUCCUCCAGUUUUAGCUCCUGCUUCAACAGCAUUCCCAUACCUGUACAGUAACCCAGGUGGGAUGCCUCCUUAUGCUUCUCAGGGUUUCCCAUUUCUUCCUCCGUAUCCCCCACAAGAAGCUAACAGGACUAUGAGCUCUUUACCUGUUGCUGACACUGUUUCUUCUUCAACAACAAGUUAUACAACCACCAAACCCGCUGCUCCUUCAUUUGGUGUCCUUUCAAAUCUGCCAUUGCCUGUUCCCACAACAGACACUUCAACACCGAUAAGCCAAAAUGGUUUUGGUUACAAGAUGCCCGAUAUUCCUGAUACAUUUCCAGAACUCUCAGAACUAAGUGUGUCACAGCUUACAGAUAUGAAUGAGCAAGAGGAUGUAUUGCUAGAGCAGUUUGUGACUUUGCCUCAACUAAAGCAAAUUAUUACUGACAAGGAUGACUUAGUAAAAAGUAUUGAGGAACUAGCAAGAAAGAAUCUCCUUUUGGAGCCCAGCUUGGAAGCCAAAAGGCAAACUGUUUUAGAUAAGUAUGAAUUACUUACACAAAUGAAAUCAACUUUUGAAAAGAAGAUGCAAAGGCAGCAUGAACUUAGUGAGAGCUGUAGUGCAAGUGCUCUACAGGCAAGAUUAAAAGUAGCUGCACAUGAAGCUGAGGAAGAAUCUGAUAAUAUUGCAGAAGAUUUCUUGGAGGGAAAAACGGAUAUAGAUGAUUUUCUCAGUAGCUUCAUGGAAAAGAGAACAAUUUGCCACUGUAGAAGAGCCAAGGAAGAGAAACUUCAACAAGUGAUAGCAAUGCACAGCCAGUUUCAUGCUCCACUAUAGAUUUUCCUGAAAACAUGAACUUCAAAGAGAGGAAUGGGACACAAAACUAAGCACAUUUAUAUUUAUGAUUUUCAAAUUGGCAUUUCAUCACAAUGGCUGAAUUCCUAGAUGUAUUAUAUAGGUUGUAUACAGAACUGGGACUGAUUUUGUACAGAUUAGAAUGAUUGCUAUGAUCUUUGCUUUGAAAAUUUUUUCUGCACUAUUUGCACUAAAAAUGUUUAUUUAUUGUUGAUAAAUUCUAUCAUAUUUAAGUUCUACUGCUGUUCCUCUCUUAUUAUUGAUUA